ACUUCUCUCUGAGCUUCAAUUUGCAGUAGCAUUGGUGCUCUAGUUUCUUUUAUCAACAGGCUUCUUAGUUUACUAGUAAUUAACAUGGAGUCUGUUGGAGUUUUUUCUGAUGUUGAAGGGAACUCCUUUUGCAGAAACUUCUCUGAAGAGCAUAGUUUCAGUCUGCAAAUUCUUCAUGAGUUCCCAUUUCCACUAGAGCACCACAAGGGAUCAAGCUUUUUAACCUCAUUGCCUGAAGCCACUAUGUCCCUUUCUCUGGUUAACAAGAGUUUUCUUGAUCCUUUGAAUGCUACUGACUCUAACCUGCAGCACAAAACUCUAGAAAGUAGCCAAUGUCCUGAUUUCAGUAGUAGUGUCUUUAUGUCCACUCCAAUCCAAGAAGCCUACUAUCUUAGUGGUUCUAACCAUUUUUCAGUGGAAAAUGAUGUUGGUAUGUCCAUGGAUAAUUCUCUGGGCAUGAGUGGGGUUACUGAGAAAAGGAUGGGCUUGCUUCUUCCAGCCUUUCCAGACAUUGUAAUGGAAGAGACCAUUUGUAUUGGUAAUGAAGAUUCCAGCACUGACCGAUCGAACUUUAAUGAUAGACAGCCGGCAGCUAAUGCUGUUGCUGCCACCAAGGAAUUUCAAGUCAAAAGGAAGUUUGAUGUUCCACAGUCACAUUUGGCGGCUAAGAGUAACAUCAGUUCAUCUGAGAAGUUGAAAAAAUAUCGUGUUUCAAAAGAUGGGAAUGAGUUCAAGCCAAUUGGCAAGGAUGGAGAGAGCAACGUUGGGUCAGAUGGGCAGAGUUCGAGUAGCUAUAGCUCAGAGGAUGAAAAUGCGUCUCCAGAGACUAUUGGAGGGGCAAUAUUUGAUCCCAAAACAUUUCCAGCUCUUAACACAAAUGGAAAGACAAUGGCCAAUAGAGGAUCAGCUACUUAUCCUCAGAGUCUCUAUGCAAGGAAAAGAAGAGAAAGGAUCAACAAGAGGUUGCGGAUUUUGCAGAACCUUGUACCCAAUGGAACAAAGGUUGAUAUCAGCACAAUGCUUGAAGAGGCAAUCAACUAUGUGAAGUUUCUGCAGCUCCAAAUCAAGCUUCUAAGCUCGGAUGAUCUCUGGAUGUAUGCUCCUCUUGCUUACAAUGGAGUGGACAUUGGUCUGAACAAGAAGCUUUCAGCCCUCCUAUGACCUUGGAAAGGAGCAGUAACCAGGGUUUAUCUACUCUCAUUCUGUUCAGAAUAAAUGAGGAGAGAAUAUAGAUAUGCAACUACCCCAACUGCAUUGAGAAUCUGAAUGAAUUUCCAUUUUCAAC